AUAGGACCGACUGAUCCCAUCAUCCCCUCGCGCCAUCUACCGGGUGUCCCAGUCCCUCGCGCCACAAACAAUACCAUUGCGCCUCCCACUUGACCCUUGCGACAACCCGCUUCGUUAGAUCCUGUGCGACUUGAGAAGUAGAACGAAUCUCUCCAUUGCCCGCGGUGACUCCAGCCCAUUCUUCACGGUAGAACGAGCCCUCGACAGCGCCUCCUCGUUCCCAUCACCGGCCAUUGACCCUCGAAAUUGACCCAUAUUCCGAGCACCGUCAGUUUCCCGAGCGACAAUGCCCUUCGGAAUCAACCCGUUCAAAAACCACGACCACAGCGACUUCGCUGGGGUCGUGAUCCCUCUCGAUCAGGCCCCAAUGCGCUCGAGACCCGACACCCAGACAACAAAACAAGUGGGCGGUACUGACGACAAGACUGAUGAAAAAAGCCUUGACAGAGCUCCCUCCGAGGAAGCCGGGUUUGGAUCCGUCCACAACUACGAUCAUAUGACCAUCGAAGCCCUCCGCGCUGAGAUUGAGGCCGAUCUGGUUGCCACCGGGCAGGACUCCGUCUAUGACCGCAAAGCAAAGGUCAUCAACAGAGCCAUCCAGGAUAUUGGCAUGGGCCGGUAUCAGUGGGAGCUUUUCGCUAUGUGCGGCUUCGGUUGGCUUGCAGACAAUCUUUGGUUACAGGGCAUUGCUCUAACCCUAACACCAAUUGCCGAGGAAUUCGGAGUUUCCAGCACCCGGGUGCGGUUCACAACCUGUGCUCUAUUCCUGGGUCUGUGCAUUGGUGCUUCAUUCUGGGGUAUCGCUUCUGAUAUCGUUGGACGCCGCCUCGCCUUCAACACGACUCUUUUCUUGUGCAGUGUCUUUGGUGUUGCCGCGGGUGGCGGUCCGAACUGGAUUGGGACUUGUGCCCUUUAUUCUUGCUUGGGCCUUGGUGUUGGCGGUAACCUCCCCGUCGAUGGAGCUCUAUUCCUGGAAUUUUUGCCCUUUGCUUCCGGAAACAUGUUGACCAUGCUGAGUGUCUGGUGGCCUGUCGGUCAGCUGAUCUCCAGUCUGCUCGCCUGGGCUCUAAUUCCCAACUUCAGCUGCGACAGCGGUCUUCCUUCGUGCGGUGACGUCGCAAGUGGGGUCGCUUGCUGCAGCAAGCAGGACAACAUGGGCUGGAGAUACUUCGUCUUCACCAUUGGUGGCUUGACCUUCCUCAUGUUCAUCUGCCGUUUCUUCCUCUUCCACCUUUACGAAUCGCCCAAGUUCCUGCUGGGCCGUGGUCGCCAAGCUGACGCUGUUGCUUCUGUCUACGGUAUCGCUCACAAGAACAAGACCAAGACGUGGCUCACUGAGGAGAUCCUGAACGAGAUUGGCGGCUACCAGCAGGAGGCUCAGAAGGAGAAGCUCAGCUCGACUGAGAUUGUGAAGAGAUAUCUUUCCAAGUUCUCUUUCGACCACAUUGCCCCGCUUUUUGCCACAAAGAAGCUUGCUAUGAGCACUAUUCUGCUCUGGUUCUGCUGGACUACCAUUGGAAUGGGCUAUCCCCUCUUCAAUGCCUUCCUUCCCCAGUACCUGGCCAACAACGGGAGUGAUGGCUCCAGCUCCACUUACAUCGCUUAUCGGAACUACGCCAUCACGUCCGUUGUCGGUGUCCCUGGUUCCAUUCUAGCUUGCUACACCGUGGAGAUCAAGUACGUCGGUCGCAAGGGCACGAUGUGCAUCGCGACUCUGAUCACCGGUGUCCUGCUCUUCUGUUUCACUGCCUCCACCGACUCGAAUGUCCAGCUCGUCUGCUCCUGUCUGGAGGCCUUCUUCCAGAACAUCAUGUACGGUGUUCUGUACGCGUACACUCCGGAGGUCUUCCCGGCCCCCAACCGCGGCACUGCCACGGGUAUCUCCUCCUGUCUCAACCGGAUUGCCGGUCUCUGUGCCCCCUUGGUGGCCAUUUACGGCGGUUCCGCCAGCCCUGAUGCCCCCAUUUACGCAUCGGGUGCAUUGAUCCUGGCUGCGUUCCUUGCUAUGUGCCUGCUGCCCAUUGAAACUAUGGGUCGGCAAAUCAUGUAAACUCACCGAAAAGG